UCUUUCUUAAAAAAAGCAUCAAUCACUCUCUCAAUCUCAACUCACUCGCUCAAAAACCCCACUCUUGCUCUAGAUCUAAUUUAACUUGAAAUGGCGACUAUCACAAGCAUCAAGGCCCGUCAGAUCUUCGACAGCCGUGGCAAUCCCACAGUCGAGGUUGAUGUGCAUAUUUCCAAUGGUGUUUUUGCUAGAGCUGCCGUUCCUAGUGGUGCAUCCACUGGAAUUUAUGAGGCUCUUGAACUGAGGGAUGGAGGAUCCGACUACCUUGGCAAGGGUGUCUCAAAGGCUGUAAACAAUGUCAACAGUAUCAUUGCACCAGCGCUUGUUGGGAAGGACCCAACUGAUCAGACUGCCAUUGAUAAUUUCAUGGUUCACCAACUUGAUGGAACCCAGAAUGAGUGGGGCUGGUGCAAGCAAAAGCUUGGAGCAAAUGCUAUUCUUGCUGUGUCCCUCGCUGUCUGCAAAGCUGGAGCAGCUGUCCUCAAUAUCCCUCUGUACAAGCACAUUGCCAACCUAGCUGGUAACAAGAACAUGGUUCUCCCUGUGCCUGCUUUCAAUGUCAUCAAUGGUGGAUCACACGCUGGCAACAAACUUGCCAUGCAGGAGUUCAUGAUUCUUCCUAUUGGAGCUUCUUCCUUCAAGGAGGCCAUGAAGAUGGGUGUGGAAGUCUACCACCAUUUGAAGGCUGUUAUUAAAAAGAAAUAUGGACAGGAUGCCACUAAUGUUGGUGAUGAGGGUGGUUUUGCUCCCAACAUUCAGGAGAACAAGGAGGGUCUUGAACUGCUAAAAACAGCUAUUGCCAAAGCAGGUUAUACUGAUCAAGUUGUUAUUGGAAUGGACGUUGCUGCAUCUGAAUUUUAUGGCGAAGACAAAACUUACGACUUGAACUUCAAGGAAGAGAACAAUAAUGGGAAAGAUAAGAUAUCCGGUGACCAACUCAAGGAUCUCUACAAGUCAUUUGUGGCCGAGUACCCUAUUGUGUCUAUUGAAGAUCCUUUUGACCAGGAUGACUGGGAGCAUUACGGAAAAAUGACUGCUGAAUGCGGAACUCAAGUGCAGAUUGUGGGAGACGAUCUCCUUGUCACCAACCCCAAGAGAGUUGAGAAGGCAAUCAAGGAGAAGAGUUGUAAUGCCCUUCUUCUCAAGGUUAACCAAAUUGGAUCUGUGACUGAGAGUAUUGAAGCUGUAAAAAUGUCGAAGCAAGCUGGAUGGGGUGUGAUGGCCAGCCACCGCAGUGGAGAAACCGAAGACACUUUCAUUGCUGAUCUAUCAGUUGGAUUGUCCACGGGCCAAAUUAAGACUGGAGCUCCUUGCAGAUCAGAACGCCUUGCAAAAUACAACCAGCUGCUGAGGAUUGAGGAGGAGCUUGGUUCAGAAGCAGUGUACGCAGGAGCCAGCUUCCGCACUCCUGUUGCUCCCUAUUAGACACUUAUGGUUCGAUGGAGUGGAAGAUUGACUGCCGACUAUGUUUUUGGGAUAUUUAAGACCGUUUGAAUAAUUGAAAUCUUUGGUUUUAGACCUUUAGUGAGUCUUGAACUUGAAACUUUUCACAGGCUGAGGUUGAGCAUGUAUAAUCUCAUUUUGAAAAUGCAAAUGUUUUUAAUCUUGCAAGCUAAACUUCCAUUGUUCUUGGGUUUGUUUAUUGGCUGUUGGUGUGCUAAUGAAGAUUGAGUUUGUUUUUC